CGGUCACACGAAAGAAUUGUAAAGAGCCACUACUUUUGUAAUCUCAGGAAAUUUUUACCAAACAAUACAAUUUGGCAUCCAUAGAAAUAAGUGAUUCUGGCGCACUUGAUUCAUUCAUUUUUGGAGAGGGCGCUGUUCGUUCGCUAAAUUUUAUUAGCAGGUCCUCAGCUUGCUGACGUUUUUCGACUUUUCAUUGGAGGGAUUCGCGUUGUUUGUGCGCUUCACCAAUUAAAGGACAGCACUGAUUUUGUUGCUUUGAUAAAUCGAAUACUGUGUUGUUAAGGCAUCAGCAAUCUCUGCCAUAAACAUGAUGGGUUUGCGCACAGUCCUGCAUCACCUCUCAUCCUUUUCCAAAAAAUGUCACACUAGGCCACCUAGAUGGCCUUUUCCGGGGCCUCUUGUCUCCACCACUCACUCCCUUUGUCCCAGUGUCCCUCCCUCCCUGCUCACUCCUCGCCACCUCGCCUCCCCUCCCUUGCGUCGGCUCUGCUCGACCGCUCCCCCACUUGCCUCUGAUGACAUCACACCACUGGCGCGCCAGUUGGCGGCGCGAGUCAGAGCCACAGGUGCCAUGACCGUGGCCGAGUUUAUGAACGAGGUGCUGGUCCACCCUCUGCAAGGGUACUACACACGCCAGAGCCAGGUCGGCCAACACGGAGACUUUGUGACCGCGCCAGAGGUGGCCGGUAUGUACGGCGAGAUGCUGGCAGUGUGGCUGCUCCACGAGUGGCAGAAGCUGGGAGCUCCGCAGCCUCUGCAGCUGGUGGAGCUUGGACCGGGCAGGGGCACGCUGAUGGCCGAUAUUCUCCGGGUAGUGAACCGACUGGCCCCAGAAGCGGAGAUCGCCAUACGUCUGGUGGAAGUGAGCGCGACACUAGCCGAGACGCAGGCACAGUCGCUCGGUGUUCGACUCUCCUCACCGCCACUCAGCGAAUCGGAUGCCCAGAAUCGACUGACGUUACCUGGUGACAGCCAAUCAGACGCCCAGGAUCGACUGACGUCACCUACCAACAACCAAUCAGAGUCUGACGGACAACUGACUUCCUCUAUCUCCCAAUCAAGUGGCAGUGUGCGGAGCUCCGAAGCACCCUCUGACCAAUCAGGGACCGGCACGGAGCUUACGUCACGGCCGGCCGUCCAAUGGCCGCUGUCGGGCACUACGGUGACCUGCGGAAGGGCAGUGACCUGGCACGACCGGCUGACCGACGUACCGGAGGCGUUCUCCCUGAUCGUCGCCAACGAGUUCUUUGACGCGCUGCCCGUACAUCAGUUCAGGCGCACCGAGGCCGGCUGGGGGGAGGUGCUGGUCGAUCUCUGUGACGAACAGACGGCCCAGUUUCGGUUCGUGCUCGCCCGUGGCCGCACUCCCGCCUGUGUCUUCAUUGACGAGGAGGCAGUGGCCGGCCGGGACGAACUCGAGGUAUCUCCUCGCGCGGCCAUGCUCGCCGCCGAGCUGGCUGAGCGUGUAGCCUCGGACGGCGGCGCCGCGCUCGUCUGCGACUACGGUCACUCCGGCGAUCGGGGCGACACCCUGCGGGCGUUCCGGAACCACCAGUGCGUGGACCCGCUGCUGGCGCCUGGCAGCGCUGAUGUCACGUGCGAUGUGGACUUCUCACAGCUGGCGCGGGCUGUUGGACACGAUGUGAUGAGCUUUGGACCGGUGGAGCAGAGACACUUCCUGGCAGAGCUGGGACUGCAGGCGCGACUGGAGCGUCUCACGGCCUCAGCAGGACCCGAUCGCGUCACCCAGCUAAAAGCAGCCUACGAUAUGCUGACCGGUGAGAUGGGCGAACGGUUCAAAAUGUGGGCACUUCUACCGGCCACGGCACGGCCCAUUCUUGAGUGGUAUCCUCCGGUAGGUUUUUCGCCAGCGAGUGAGCAGUUCAGCUGACGGUAGAGGUGCUAGUGGCGGGGAGGGGCGAUAUUGAGUCAAUGUCAAGUCAUUUGUUACUGUGAUGCCACGUGUGUAAGCGUGUUACUUGCUUCGUUGAGCGUUUUUGUACUCAGAGAUCCGUGAAUACAGUGAUGCGAGUUA